AUCAGAUGCUAAAGUAGAAUUAGACUUACUCAAUUAUUAUAACUUCAGAGAAUCGCCGCUACACACGACGAUUCGUAAUCUUCUAUAAUUAUCCUCUACGAUAACUUAUAUUAUCUGUACAAAAGGGUUUGGAUAUCUUUCUGAGCCAAGAUAGAAAGCCCGUUUCACCCGAGGCAGGUCGCGUAUCUGAUAUGUCGGGGAGCACAUCGAAAGUCGUCGACCCGUUGAAGGUCAUCAUCAUCGGCGCUGGUAUCGGUGGUCUCGCCCUUGCACAAAUGCUCAUAUCAGCCCCGAAAAUUCAGGUUACAUUAUACGAGCGCAAUUUUAGCAUCGACGAUGGCGUGGUUGGGUUCCGUGUGAUGCUGUCGGGUUCAACUCUGUUAAUGCUGAAACGCAAGCUUAGCAGUGAGGUUUGGGCAAGUCUUACCCUCGGCAUUGGGGUACAACCAGAGGGAGGCGAGAAGAUUGAAUUCUUAAAGGGAAAUGGCGACAAGUUGUUCACCUGGGACUCAGAUCCUAUAAAGGACCAGUUUUCCGUGUCGCGGUUGCAAUUGAGAGAAGCUCUGUUGCGCCAGACCAAGCCCUUCCUUAAACUAGGCAUUGCCUUUGAGAACUAUGAGCUGCUGCCAAACGGAGGAGCAAGAGUACAUUUUAGUGACGGAACUACUAAUGAGUGCGACCUCUUAGUAGGUGCUGACGGUUUACACUCAAUGGUUAAGAAGCAAUUAAUCCCCUACGCUACUAUUAAGGGCUUGGGCAUGGUAUGCAUCUAUGUCAAAGUUCCCCUCACAGAAAAAUCAUGGAGGUUAUUAGAGUUUACGAGCAGAUCAAUGGUGAUAUAUCCUAUAUCCCCUAUUUACAUAGCCACAAAGCUAACCUUAACUAUACCCUCUGCCCACACAACCAAUACAUCAUGCUCGCCACCUGGCAGAACCCCCUUGCCCACUUCGCAACACGCUACACAAAUCUUACCAUUGAGCCUGAAGAGUCAUACAUCAUGCUUGGCGCUGGGUUCCCAGCCUCAAGUUUUCACAACCGUCGCUGCCCCUUCCCUAGCCUCACCCCCGCCGAGCUCAAGGCCGAGCUCAUCGAACGCACCUCCACACCCGGUAUCCACCCGCGUUUCGCUGAACUCGCCCAGGCGGCAUGCACAAAUACAGCGUACGUCCACACAGUGUGUAAGAGCGACGUCAUUCACCCGUGGACCUCGCAGACAGUCACGCUCCUUGGCGAUGCCGUCUUCAACAUGAGCAACACGCUAAGUAGGGGUGCGAAUUGCGCGCUCCUCGACGCCAUCUCCCUCGCUGAGUGCCUCACCUCGCCCACGUACGACCGACACUCACCAACUAGCAUUAGCGCCUAUGUGAACGAAAACAUUGAGCGCCGCUCAAACGAGCGUCUCCGCUCGUUCUUAAUGCAGAAGGUUGUGUUCCCUGGCCAGAACAGCCUUAAGGGGUUUGUACGUAACAUGACGCUGCCCCUCGCACUUCACCGGAUCGACGACCUGGGCCAUGAGAAGCAUGGGCCUGGCCAGCACUGGGUUGGUGAUGACGGCUCGCAGAAGGAGGAGUAUGCUUCACCGAAGUGGGUGGAAGAACUGCAGUGGGAGGAGCUCUUUGCUAAAAAGCAAGCUGAGGGAAAGGAAGGAGCUAGACUGCAGAGAGAGUAUGACUAAGCUGCUAGAAGACGCAUAUUAGUCAAAAUCAUGCGAUUGAAGCCGCAUUGUUAUUAUACAGACCUUGCAAGUAGCACUUAAACUAAAGUAACUACCUUAGAUUUGCUUUAAUUCUGCUAUGCUUAGGGAUCUAAGCUACGAGUGUUAUAGUAUAUUAAGCGUUUGUUAGGGGGAUCUAUGGCCCUAAGUACGCUAUUCGGAGGCCUGGGUGAACCCCCAAACCCCAAAGAAUUAGGCUUCUUCAGCCUAGCUGAAAGUGAGACAUUGGGCUGAAACCCCAGCGCGCGGGAGCUAGACAGUCCCCCAAAGUGUCAUUUUGGGCACAAAAGCCCCCACUGUACCCCACGGGACUGUCGGUUUCCCCCAACAGUUCA